GCCUCGAGAAAGUCCAGGUGGAUAGAGAAGCGGGCCAUCGCAAGCAUUCCACAUCAGAGACAGACCAGCCUCCGAUAUCCUCACCAUCACGCACCCCCGCCAACAGCUGCUCAUAAACCAGGGCUGUGAUUUCAGCUCCAUCACUCAACUCCUCUUCCUCGAUAAAUUGCCCAAAAAUGUUCUUCUCCCUGUCCAACGCCGCGGCCCUCCUGGGCCUCGCCGCCACCGCCGCCGCGAGCUAUAUCCCGCAGCACGUCGAGCACAACGGCACCACGGCCGGCAUCAUCGAGAAGCGCGCCUUCAGCUGCAGCUCGCCCGUUCGGGGCCUCGCCAAGGCCGACUGCGAGCACAUGUCCAAGAUCGGCAUGGCCGGACAGGGGUACAACCCGACGAGCCAGAACAGCAUCAUGUGGAUCGGGACCCAGGGGCCCAACAAGUUCAAGUUCAUCAACCGGUCCAGCCCGUCGUGCCCCAUCAACAUCAUCGUCUGGCACAUGAAGCCCAACGACUUCGAGUCCUCAUUCAUGAACGUGCGCCGGCCCCGCAUCUCGUACACGCUCGCCAAGGCCGGCGACUCGGUCACCGUCUCGGUCCCCAACGGCAUCAGCGGCGGCUGGGCGGGCCUGUACAACCGCAACGUCAAGCUGUCGAGCUACGGCCAGAUCUACAACACGUGGGGCGAGUUCACGACGGGCCAGUACGGCACCGUCGACGUCAGCCGCCUCGUGCGCAUGAACGGCAACCCCAUGAGCAUCAAGACGAGCGGCGGCUGCACGUCAAACAUGAACAAGUGCGUCUUCGUCUGCAAGAGCGGCAACACGUGCGGCACCUCGGGCAGCUACAACCUCAAGGACUGCAAGCCCGGCAGCCAACCGCACGCCAACUACGGCACCCGCAACGGGAACCCCGAGGGCGGCUGCCAGGGCUUCUCCAACGGCGGCACCGUCACCGUCGACCUCUCCCGCUAGGUGAGACGCUGCAUGGGGAGUCAGCUACUUCGGGCUCCCUUGGCUUGUCCUUGACCUUCUCUGGCUCUCCCCUUACUCGAGACUGCCUUGACACAUUUCUUUCCAGUCGGUUGAAUUUGUGGACGGCUUGGAAAAGUAUACGAACCUGCGUCUCAGACUUGAGCCUUUUGGCUCUCGAUGUUCGCCCUUUACUG